CGCAAGAGAGGACCAAAGUUAAGGAUUAAGCGCGUCUCAUUCGAGAGGAACAAAAGCGACAUAGUGACACUCUGCUUUAUUUUAAUUUUAUUUUUUUGUAAAGAUUAUCAACAGUCUACACAUUCCCAGAAGCUCCGAGGACACAUUUUGGCAAGAGAAAAAAUAUUUGAUUCAUUUUGAAUCUGGAGGCAUGUGGCUUAUGACCUCUUUCAAGGAAUAAGUAACGCAACAGGAGAAAAGACGUUCACUAAGACUACUGCGAUUGCAACUUUGGCUUUAUGACUUUUUCUCCUUUGCGGUUGGAGCUGCCGUCGCUGGUCAGUUUUGGAAAGUUUCUCGAUGGCGUAGGUGGUGGCGAGACUUUUUAAAACACCUUAAGGAUUUAUUAGCCUAUUUAAAAGGGAUGCGCAUUCGUUUUAUGUGCAUUAAAGAAACUGGAGUGUGCAAAGAACACUGAAACCCAGCCGUCGUAACUUUUGGUAUGAGGGUAAUGCGGCGUAAAUACGGCGUCUAGAAGGAUGAUGCUGCUUGUACAAUGGAAGUAAAGAACUCUUUUACUUUUCUUGCGUUGGUUUGUCUUUUCUUCUGCUCCGGUUUCAGCCAAGAACUCAACCCCAAAGGCAGGAAUGUGUGCAAAGUACCCGGAUCAUCAACACCAGUGUGCUGCAGUGGAUGGGGGCAGCUAGGAACUGAAUGUCUGACACCCCUCUGUGAAGGCAACUUCACCUGCAAGGACAAUGAGGUGUGUGUCAGGCCAAAUGAAUGCCGCUGUCGUCAUGGAUACUUUGGAGCUAGCUGUAACACCAAAUGCCCUGCAGAGUACUGGGGACCAGACUGCAAGGGAGAAUGUCACUGUUACCCCAAUGGCCAGUGCGAUGAUUUGACCGGCGAGUGCACCUGCAACCACAAUCGCUGGGGACCUAAAUGCGAGAAUGUUUGUCUUUGCCAGAAGGGCAAGUGUGACCAAGAAACAGGAAAAUGCACAUGCUAUCCUGGCUUCUGGGGUCCUCAGUGCAACAACAACUGCUACUGCAGCAUCAAUUCAAUCUGUGAUGUGAUGACAGGGCGAUGCUUGUGCAACCCUGGCUGGACUGGGAGGAACUGUGCACUCCAGUGUAACUGUAACAAUUCACCAUGCGACCAGUUCUCGGGACGCUGCCAGUGCAGGGAGAGGCUUUGGGGUCCACGCUGUGAGCGAAACUGCCAGUGCCUCUAUGGCAAGUGUAACCAGGCUGAUGGUUCAUGUACCUGUCUGCCUGGGUACCGUGGGAAGUUCUGCAGGGAGCCAUGUCCUGCUGGAUUUUAUGGUCAAAACUGCAGGAUCAGGUGUGGGCACUGCAAAGGCCAGCAGCCCUGUAAAGUGACAGGAGGAAGCUGUAUUACAUGUGAGAGAGGAUGGAAUGGGACUCGGUGUGAUCAGGUCUGCGCCAAGGGCUUUUUUGGUGAAAACUGCCAGGAAGUGUGUCCUACGUGUAAAGAUGGUCACCACUGUGAGCCCAUCUAUGGCAAGUGUUCGCACUGUAACCCUGGCUGGAUUGGGGACAGGUGUGAGGUGCGCUGCCCCAAUGGCACAUAUGGCGAGAACUGUGAAAACAACUGCAGUCAUUGUUUUAAUGGCAUCUGUCAUGUUGUUACCGGAGAGUGCCUCUGUGACCCCGGGUUUUAUGGCACAUACUGCAAUAUGACCUGUCCAACUGGCCAGUAUGGAAUCAACUGUAACCAGACAUGCUCUUGCCAUGACAAGAACUGUGAUCCUGUGUCUGGUGCCUGCUAUCUCCAGCCCAACCAGCGGAUGGGUGUGAUUGCAGCUGGGACCUUGGUCUCCUUUUUACUGAUUGUCCUCCUCUCACUGCUGUGCUGCUGCUGCCUCUGUCGGCACAAAGACAACCACAACAAAAAAGCCAAACGGAUCUUGUGUGGACGAUUCAGCAGAAUCAGCACUAAACUUCCCCGUAUUCCACUGAGGAGACAGAAACUGCCCAAAGUAGUCGUAGCCCACCAUGACCCAGAGAACACCUUCAACUGCAGCUUCAUUGAGCCCCCCUCUGUGGCUGAACAGCACUCCCCCUCCUCCUGGUCAUCCCAGGGGUCCUUCUCUUCUUUUGAGAGCGGAGAUGAGGGGCCAGUUUACUGUGUUCCGCAUGAAGACUCCAUGAAUGACAAGCGGAGCCCCAGCCCUGCAGCAGAGAAGCCAGAAUCUGUCCCUGAUGAAGAUGACGCUGGUGAAUACACCUCCCUGAAAGACACAAGUGUAACCAAAACAGAAGGUAGUGAGCCACAGUAUGCCUUGGUCGCCCGCCUCUCCAAGCAGUCGAAGGAGGAUGAGAACAGUGGCAAGGAUAGAGAUGGCACUCCUAUAUUAGAGGCCAAGCGCAAUGGAAAGCCACCGCCUUCACCUGGCAAGCCCAAACCCCGGCCACCAGACCCAUCCACUAAACCCAAGGUGUCGUGGAUACACGGGAAUACCACAGGGUCUCCCCAGCCUGAGCAGCAGGGGGGAAUUAAGGCACUUGCAGUGUCAAAGGAGAAAAAGAGAAGUUCAAGUGAUGGCUCAUCUAAGAGUGAAGAGUGGCAAAGAAUAAAGGAAAAGCAUCAUGACCGACAGAAGAUACAGGAGGGGCAGGAGGCAGAUGCCAGUGGCUCCCCUAAAAAACACAAACCUCUGCGAGGUAAAAAGUCUGGGGAUGAGCACGGCAGUCCCAGUCACAUGGAGCACAUCAAUGGUGUUGUUCAGAGUGCCCUCAAGAAGAUAAGUAAUUUUCACUGCUCCUCACCUGAAAAGAAAAGUGUUGAUAGUUCAAAGCAGACCCCUAAGGAGCCACCCAAGAGCCCAAAGGUCAUCCAUCCUCAUAUGAACUCAGAGGCUGCUACGCUGCUUGCCGCUCAGCUCAAGGAAAAAACCCAAAGCAUCAACAGGAAUGAGGGAACAGGGCUGACAAAGACCAAUGGUCUCUCCACACCAAGGGCAAACCGGGAGAAGCCCACACCUCCACAGAAAGCCAAAAGAACCGGCUCCACUGGAUUGAGCCAGAUUGAGCAAGGCUCCACCAAACCCCAGCUGCCCACCUCAAGUAGCCUACAGAAAAUGGUGGCACCUGUAAAAACCAACCUUGGGACCCCUGAAGCCAAGAGCCCGGAAAAGCAGGACUUGAACGGCUCCAGGACAGGGGACCCACUGGAUCCUACACCAAAGAAGACUCCCAUAAAAAAACCACCCAGGAAGAAAGGAAAGGAAGGUACUUUGGAUACAUCUGAAAGUAAAACACCACAGCAAAAGACAGCUAUUAUGCCACCACAGGUUGUGAAAUAAGUGUUUUGAACUACAAAUUGCACAAAGUUUAUGAUGGAUUUGCAAAAGACUAAAAUUUGUUGGAAGUUUAACCACAACAUAGUUUUUCGGUCAAGGAAUUGUAAUUUUACUGUUAGAGUUUAGGGCGAAUCCAGGACCAGUCAAGAAUAAGAAGUGCUUUAGAUCAAGAGGAACAGUUGAGUCAUAUUGGUAAGGUGUAUUAUAAUAAUCUCUAUACAUCAUUGUAUUCGUUUCAGGAGUCCUUUUUUUAAAGUAACAGCUAUAUAUCAACCUCACACCACAACCUGUGCCUAAACUGGACACAACUGUGAGAACAGUGGUGCAAAAGCAUAAUCCAAAGUUCAUUCAUUUUUUUUACUCUGCAGUAUGUCCACCACUAUACUUUGCUUAUAU